UUCUCUGAUUUUGGUGUUGGUUUGUUGGCUCAACCCAUUUACACUGCAUUUCUGGUCAGCUGGCUACAACUGAACGAUCCCAGCUGUUACGUUUACCGACUGUUCUCUAUUUGCGGUUAUUUGUUCUCGAUGGCUUCGUUCUCAGCUGUUGUGGCUGUAAGUGUAGACAGGUUCUUAGCUGUUCACCUUCAUCUCAGAUACCAUGAAUUUGUGACUCACAAGCGUGUUGUCGCUGUGGUGAUCUCCAUAUGGGUGUUUAGUGCAUUUGUUUCUUCGAUGGUAUUAUGGGCUCCGGUCAGUACUUUAAAUAAUAUGAUUUCAUUUACUGGUGCUUUUUGUUUUAUUGUAAAUGCUGUGAUGUACAUCAGGAUUUAUUUAAUUGUCCGACAGCACAAGAAUCAGAUUCAAUCCUUGCAAGUAAAUGAAAGAUCUCAAUCUGGUGAGAUGACAAAUUUUGCAAGCCUCAUUAAAUCUACCGUUGGUGUAUUCUAUGUGUAUCUCGUGUUUCUAAUUUGCUAUCUGCCUUAUUUUAUUUCUGUGGUUGCCAUCAAAAUCAACGGUCCGAGUAUCGCUUUCAAGAAAGUUUUUCUCUUCUCAAUGAUUUUCGUGAAUCUUAAUUCAUCUCUGAACCCUGUACUUUACUGCUGGAAGAUGAGAAACAUUCGAAACGCUAUCCUGCACAUAUUGCGGAACAUGUCGCGGAACAGAAACAAUCGUUCACACUAGAUUUACAGUCUUAAGGGGUCUUUCUGCUAA